UUCUGACACUAGUGACUCUCUAGUGAUAAGACGACGAGCAACUAAUUCCCGUGAAUCCCGUGUAUCCCGUGUCGUUGUUGCCUGACACUUCAUGCGCAAGAAGCAGUAAACCGGCUUAACCUCUGUUAUUAUUGAAUACUAAAAAUAAUUAUAAGUAUAAAAUCUUACGAUGGCAGCUUUUGAAGAAAUGGGAGUUUUGCCUGAGAUAGCCAAAGCCACGGAGGAACUGGAGUGGACCCUUCCAACGGACGUUCAGGCCGAGGCUAUUCCAUUGAUUCUGGGUGGUGGUGAUGUUCUUAUGGCUGCAGAAACUGGGAGUGGUAAAACAGGAGCAUUCUGUCUACCCAUUCUCCAAAUUGUUUGGGAAACAUUAAAAGAUUUAGAGUCUGGAAAAGGUUCUUCACAGUCUACCGCUCGAGCUUCCCAAAGUACUCAAUGGGGACUCAGCCUGUUUGAUAGGGGUAAAGCCAUGGCUGUAACACCCGACGGCUUGCGUUGUCAAAGCCGAGAACAAAGAGAAUGGCAUGGUUGUCGUGCCAAUAAAGGAGUUCAAGGCGAAGGCAAAUUUUUCUAUGAAGCUACAGUCACUGACGAAGGCCUGUGCAGGGUUGGAUGGUCGAUGUCUCAGGCAAGUCUAGAUCUGGGAACUGACAAAUUCGGAUUCGGCUUUGGUGGCACAGGCAAAAAGUCUAACGCCAAACAAUUCGACAGUUAUGGAGAGCCUUUCGGCAUGCACGAUGUAAUCGGAUGUCUUUUGGAUCUCGAAAAGGGGGAGAUACGUUUCACAAAGAACGGCGUCGAUCUGGGUCAGGCAUUCGUUCUAAAUGCUCAACAGAAAGGACAAGCUUUUUAUCCAGCGGUUGUUUUGAAAAACGCUGAAAUGUCGUUUAAUUUUGGAGCACAACCGUUUAAGCACGGUCCGCCGAGCGAUUUCGUGGCAGUUUCGGCUGCACCGAAAAAUUUAACGAUUCCAAAUCCUGUCAGUUCUGCUCAGAGUCGAGAUACGAAUUCGAAGCCCCUUAACAACGCCCCUCAAGCGAUCAUCAUUGAGCCAUCGCGAGAACUUGCUGAACAAACAUACAACCAAAUACAGAAGUUCAAAAUCCACGUGAAAAAUCCAUCGGUCAAAGAGCUACUCGUGAUAGGUGGCGUUAACGUAAAAGAACAGAUUGCCGUACUGAAUUCAGGAGUCGACAUAGUAGUUGGAACCCCCGGACGUCUUGAAGAUCUCAUCCAGGGCGGUUACCUAUCAUUGACAAAUUGCAGAUUUUUCGUCCUCGACGAGGCUGACGGUCUUUUGAAACAAGGCUACACCGAGAUGAUCAAUCGACUCCACAGGCAGAUACCGAAAAUAACGAGUGAUGGAAAAAGACUGCAAAUGGUCGUUUGUUCGGCAACGUUACAUGCCUUCGAGGUCAAGAAAAUGGCGGAACAACUGAUGCACUUCCCGACUUGGGUCGAUCUCAAGGGAGAAGAUGCUGUGCCUGAAACCGUGCACCAUGUUGUGGUGAUGGUUGAUCCUCAGACCGACAAAUCCUGGGCUAACCUACAUCGACACAUAGAGACCGAUGGUGUCCAUUAUCGGGACAAUAUACGACCUGGCAACAACACCGCAGAAACUCUUUCGGAAGCAGUUAAAAUUCUAAAAGGAGAGUAUUGUGUUCGUGCAAUCAGGGAGCAUAAAAUGGAUCGUGCUCUCCUUUUCUGUCGUACGAAGAUAGACUGUGACAAUUUGGAGCGUUAUUUGAAACAAACCGGGGGCAACGAAUUUUCGUGCGUUUGUUUGCACGGAGAUAGGAAACCGCAAGAGCGUAAAGCUAAUUUGGAAAAAUUUAAGAGACAGGAAGUCAAGUUCUUGAUAUGCACGGACGUCGCUGCUAGAGGCUUGGACAUAACGGGAUUGCCCUUCAUGAUAAACAUCACUUUACCUGAUGAAAAAUCGAAUUACGUCCAUCGUAUUGGAAGAGUCGGUCGCGCCGAACGUAUGGGAUUGGCUAUUUCUCUGGUUAGCAGCGUUCCUGAGAAAGUUUGGUAUCAUGGCGAAUGGUGCUCGUCACGAGGCCGCAACUGCAGCAAUACCAAUAUCACGGAUCAGGGCGGAUGCUGCGUCUGGUAUAACGAACCACGGUAUUUGGCAGAAAUCGAAGAUCACCUGAAUGUGACGAUUCAGCAAGUAGGUCCCGAUAUCAAAGUCCCCUUGGAUCAGUUCGAUGGCAAAGUGACUUACGGUCAAAAGAGAGCAGCUUUAGGCUCUAAUUAUCAGAAUCAUGUGCAACAAAUGGCGCCGAUCGUAACGGAGCUCGCCAAACUCGAAUCGACAGCACAACUGACGUACUUGAAGAGACACAUGACCACUCGUUGAUCGAAUGGUUCAGCAACAUUUGACAAAUGUUGGAGUCAUCGAUGACCCCGAAUAUCGAAAGUCGAGAUCAAAGUGCCAGUGUCUUGGUAAUCGCUUCAAUGUAAAAUAAAAACAUUGAAAAACGCA